GCAUCCAUUGAGACUGAAGGAUGUAGUCUGAAAAUUGCCUUACAUCUAAUCUAUACAGAAAGUUCUCUUCCUCCCACUCUGCAAGGCUUUAUUUUUCUACCCUACCACAUAAGAAGAAAGUGAAAAUAGAUGUUUUCCAUUGCAGCUACUUAUUUAGGGAUCCUGGACUCCACCAAUUGCUGUACAUGAACCCCUACAGAUGAAAAAAUAAUGCAAAAUCCAUUCAGGCCCAGCCAGAAUAAAUGACUUCCCAGAAUGCCCAUUUAUUCACAUUAAGAUUUUCCAUCUGUGAGAUUUUACACCUUCCUAGAUCUUAUGGAAAGAAUAUGUACCUCUGAAUGCACAUUUCAGAAUUACAGAUGUGAAGCUGCUGGUGGAACAGCAAGGGCUGCCUUAUAGAUGAUAGUUACUUUUAGUAAGGCAAAUUAUCUUUGUUCUCUACUGUCCCUUUCACAGACAUUAGGAACUACCCCCUGGAUGUCAGGCCCAAGUCCAGAGCAGGCAUUUUCAAAAGUCUGAAUAUCUUUAAACACAGGAGCUUUCUUAAGGACUGCAAGUCAAACAAAAAUGACAGCAUCAGACAUCACAACUCCAUGUUUAAAGGCACAUUCUCAGCAGAGAAUUGGAAAUAAAAAAGAAAUUGAUGAAGCAUUCCUGUUUGCACAAAUGUGGGAAGCCUGAAGCAAAGAGCUAGCUAGCCAAACACACAUAUUGGGGUUUGAACCUCAAGAACUCUGUAAAUACAGGAACAUCCCUAGGUUCAGCACAUAGCUGCCUUCUGCCACACUCAAGUAAAACCACAGAUACUCAAGAUACCUGAGUAUCCCUCCUUGUCCCUUCUCUUCAAUCUGUCUGCUCACAUUACUUCCCUUCCACAAGUCCCAAUGGCAGAGCUGACAGCCACUAAUCUGAAAAGUCAGCCAAACUCAAGCAGCAGCUUGCAGCAGAUAACUGCCCUUGUUGAUGCUCGCUGUACGCAGAACAUUUGCACAGCCUUCUGAAUACUUUGCUGGUCCACUGUUUUUCACCUGAAUUCUCAUUAGCACCCCCAACUGAGACUUCAGGGAGCACAAACUGCCAUUUCCUAUUCAGCUCAGUCUUGCAAGGUGAGACACUUACCUUAAAGAGCCAUUCAGCAUCUCCAGCAUGGCCUUUUUACAGUUCCUGUGAACAAGAGCUACAGAAAACCUUUCAGGAUUAGGUCCUACUUGGUAAACUUUGCCAAGUUACCAAGGGUUAGCAGUGCUCUGCCACAGAAUUGCAAAAGUCAGAAACUUCCCAGAGUCCUAGCUCUUUUCGAGUUCUUAAUUCAGAAAUAAACUUCCCUGUGCACAGGUAAUGAAUCAAUCAGAACAAACAGAGACAGAAUGACACAUACUGCUAUAAAUUGAAAUUGAAUCACAAAGGGACACUAUAGCUUGUCCCCUGAGUAUCAGUAGGCCCUAGGAAUGUAGAAUGUCUGUCCCAUAACUACAUUUCAAUACAUAUUAAUACACAAAUAAGUCUCUUCCAGGUGAUUUGAAGAGAGUGGAAGAAUGGCAAGCAUGACACAGCCUUCCUGUACAACCUUAGCAGCAUCACCUAGCUUGUCUCAUCAGAGCUAUAAUAGCUACCAGGAAUGCUGGAUAACACAUAUAUUAAAAGACUCCCUUAGAAGGGGGACGGCAAGGAGGCAGCAUCUACAAAAGAUUUGCUGAGCUUCUACAACCCUGUGUAACUGAAAAAUAAGUACUUAUGACUUUACUGUGGGUGCAGCAGUACAUAUCUGAUCCUGACACCUCCAGAUGGCAGGAAGCUUCUUUCCAAGAUGCUAACAGCUAUUUAAUGGGCUGUUGGUAUUUUAAGGACUGUUCAUCACGUAAUAGGGCUUUCAAUACAUGAUGCAGUGACAUUUGGCUGAAAGUACCUGUGCUGGAAUCACAGUAGCUAGAACUAGUGAUACCUUUCCUAUUUGAAAUACUGGCAUGACUGAAGAAAACCCUAAUCUUUACAUACUCUCUCUCUCUGUGUUUGCUUUAGCUCCUAAAUGACAUUAAUCUGUUUCCAGUGGGCAGGAAGAGAUCCCUCUGACACUGUCAUUAGUUUGUGAGUGGCAAAGAUGACUUCCAAAUGCCAUGUCAAACGAGUAACUGGUGCUGCCUCUGAAGAUACAGAAUGCAUCCCCUGCCAGAGCAUCUCUUCCAGGUGACCUGACAUCGAGACAACAGCUGUGCCCAGCCCCAGCUCUCUGCUUUACAAACAUGGCACACCACACCUCACAGCUCCGAAUGACUGCUCAAAGCAUCUGUUGCAAAGCCAGGGCAGGUUUUCCUUCCUUCCUUUUGUUUUGCCCACAGCUCACAGAAUGAGUAUCUCCACCUCCUGCAUCCAGCCCUGCAAAGAUAAUGUACUACAGCAAACUGCUUCUCAAGAUGCUGCAGGUAAACUAGACACACCUGUCUCCAGCCGUUGGAAUGAACUCAGCGUUAGAAACACAGCAUUAGCAACUGGUAAGGGGAUGAAAAGGCGACGUCGAGUCUCAGUGAAGCAGAAAUUGAGUGGGUGGGCGUGUUGAAACUGGACUUUCGGGCCCAUCAACAGUUAGUGAAGUAUGAAAAAGAGAAAUGGAACUUCCUCUGCUGUGACUCUCCUAACGAUUGUGUGUCUGCUGGAGUCCUGACAUCAUCUAGUGAGGAGGAAGUAAGUGCAGCAGCCAAUCAAGUGAUUCACAGUGGAAAGUUUAAAGAGCAGAGUGGGAGCUACUGCAUGCACCAGCAUGCCUAGAAGGGCAGAGGCAGCAGCACUCAUUUCUCUGGAUAUGGGCAUUGACUGCAAUAGGAGCUACCACAUCUAGGAGCCCAGCAUGGACAAAGCAGCUGAACUCAUGUGGCAGCUGGAGGAGUCACCUGACAAUGCAGGACAGCAGGAGCAGAGCCCUGAUGAUGGAGACACAGCAGAAGGGAUGGAGCAGCCUGCAUACAGCAAGGAUGAGCAACCACACAGCAAGGAUGAGCCACCCCAGAGCCAUACCCUCCUGUGGGACACUCUGGGCAAGCAGUUUGUAGAAUAUGAACAAGUGGCUCCAUUUCUCAUCCCAGAGGAGCAACAGAGAAGGCUGCGAGAAUUUCUUCCUCUCUUCUUAAAGGCCUGGGAACAAUCUGCUGGAGCAAUUGUAUUCCCCAACAUUCAGCUGUUAGCCAGUGAGGUUUCCAAGCUUCUGACUAAAGAAAUUAAGAGGAACCUCAAUGGAAAACCUGCAGAAGAAGCUCGUCUGGCUUUGGAGCAAUUGCUGAAGCAGAAAGGGGAAGCAGGAGAUGGCCAUUUGCUCCUGAAAUCAGUGUAUCUGCUCUCACAGACUGACUUGAGGACUCUGUGGAACAUUAUUGGAUCUGGACUCCCAGCUGCUCUGAUGCAGUGCCUGUACCUGUUCUUUACUGUCCCUCUGAAGAAAACCAGCAAUGACAGGGAGACAAGUGAGGAUGAUGCCCAAACUCAGGAAAUGCUUGUUAAGAUAAUGCUUAACAUGUACAAAGAGGAACAAGGCAUAGAGGAACUGCUGGCAGCUGAUAAGCUUCAGUCAUUAAUUAUAGCAACUUCUUCUCUGUGGGACCUGUGCAGCCACUCUUGGAAAGUACCUACAGGCUGUGUGCUAAGAACAAUUUCAAAGGCUCAGACCAAAAACAGCAUUGUAUAUCUGCAAGCUGUUGACUGCAUUAAAAUAGCUGUUCAGAAUCUCUUUACACUGGCUGAUACUCUACCUGCUUGUGAUGUGUGUGAAGCUGCCAGCAUUGUGUUGUGUUUUGUGAAAGAUUCUUAUCCUGUAUCAUCAGCUUUAUUGACAGAAUUUGAAAAUAAUGAUGGCUACCAGCUCCUGCUAAAAAUUUUACUCGGAUGUGAGGGUUUGCAGCAAAAUGAAGGAGACCCUUAUCUGGAUGAGAUCUUGGACAUGCUGACUUGCCUUACAACCUGUGGAAAAACUGAACUGAAAGUUUCUGGCAAUAUUGUGCACCCACAGUUGCCACACUUUGAUUUUGAACGGACACAGUCUUCUGGAAUGACAGUGAAAAACCUCCAGCCUUUCCAGGUGCUGCAAUCCAUUUUCCAGAGAAGUAAUGAUCAGCACCUGUGUGCAAGAAUCUUGGCAGCAAUUGGUACCAUAUGGGCUUGGGACAGAGUGAACUUCUUUCUUCUGGAAUGGACACUGCAACCUAUCAACCAAUUCACUGACAUCAUUCACUUCAAACCACCAGCAGUCCAAGUCCAGUUCUUCAGACUGGUGGAGUCCAUAGUCCUGGGCCUGUCCUAUGUUCCCCAUGAGAUUUUGAAGAAGGUUCAGUAUUUGAUAAAGGAAAACAUAGUGCCAUUCUGCACCUUAACAGCUCUCCAGUGCCUUCUCAGCAUGACCCAGAAGGACCUGUUAUUUAGUGACAUUUUCCGUGACUCUGGGCUCUUAGGCCUACUGCUGGCACUCUUGAGGAAGGAAGCCAAGAUCUUGAGGAAAUCAGCUGGAACUCCUCUGCCUAACCCAAAAGAAGGCACUGAGAAGGAAUUAAAUGUUGUGAUGCUGAAAAUGGUGGCUGCUCUUACAGCAAGGUCUGUGAGGAACACGGUUGUUCUGAAGGACUAUGGAAUGGUGCCAUAUAUCAAGAUAUUUUUGGAUGAUGAGUGCUACAGGAGUGCUACCCUCAGCAUCUUGGAGCAGUUAUCAGUCAUCAAUUAUGAAGAAUAUAUGAGCAUUAUUAUUGGAGCCCUCUGUUCUUCCACUCAAUGGGAACUGCACCUGAAACUAGAUCUUCUGAAGUCACUCUUGAGGAUACUGGAGAGUCCCAAGAGCCAUUCAGCUUUCAGAACCUGCAGUGGAUUCAACGGGCUCCUGUCCCUCCUGUCAGACAUGGAGGGUGCACUGCAGGACCCUCCACCUGGGCAGUGGGCAGCAGUUGGGCAGAAUUGCAUCUUGGAGCUGAUUUUCCAUGCUCUUCAGGGGAUAACUGCAGCCCUGCACCUAGACCCUGUCAACAGCACCUUCUUCCAGAGGAAUGGCCUCUUUGAAAAGAUGGCAGAGGAUCUGGGAUCACUUGGAUGCUUCUGGACAGAAGGGGAAAAGCCAAUUCCUGUGAGCCUUGAGAAGACAAGGACUUUUGCAGAAUUCUUGGAUGCAGCACUCUGUUCUUCACAACCUCUCCCAGAAUGGCUAAAAAACUGCAUUUGGAUUCUGAAUUUUCUUGAUCAUAUGGUCAAAGGAACCCUCCAUCAAGAAAGCUACUUUAAGGAGAGGAAGCCAGAGAUGGGAGAAGCAAGAGAUGAUCAGGAGGCACCCCAAGCUCAAGAAGAGCAUCCUGUUGCUUUCAAAAGACCAGUCAACAAAUUACCUGCCUCUGCCUAUAUGCUAUGGGGGAAUCCUGAAGAGAAGUUGGAAAUGAGAGACUGCACCAUUGUACAUCCAGGUGCUGUCUGUGUCAUGGUGAGGUUGUUGCCAAGGCUGUACAAAGAAGGAUAUGCUCAGCUUUCCCAGGAGAUCCAAUGCGCUCUGGUUGAUCAUAUCCAGUCCUUGGUGAAGUCAGAGAAGAGCCGUCAGGUGAUGUGUGAGUGUGGCCUGCUGAGCACAGUCAUCACCUCCUGUCAGGAUGCUUUCUGCAGUGACAGCCACCCCCUGCACCUGCCCCUCACCAGGGUGUUUGAGAAGCUGGCAUCACAGGCCGUUGAGCCACAUGUGUUAAGGCAAUUUUUGUCGUUGGGAGGUUCUCCAUUACUACCUUCUAGGCCCAGCACAAACAAGACGAAGGUCCUUUCCCGUCAGGGGAGUGAUUCAGCUAAUGCAGGUUCAGAAGAGAGUGUGGUGGGCAGUAAAUCUGAUCCUCAGACUGUUGUGCCAGUCAGGAGUUCUCCUUGGCUGUCUAAGGGAUCUGCACUGGCACUCCAGACUGCCAUGAGUCUCAUCUCCAUGACAUCCCCUCGGAACUUCCAGCUGCACAGCACUGCUUUGGCUCCAUCCUUUGUGGAGUUUGACAUGUCCAUGGAAGGCUAUGGGUGUUUAUACCUGCCUACCUUGGCCACUGUCAUGGGAUCCAGUGCAGACCAAUCUGUCUCGGGAGGGACUGGCACAGGCAGCAGGAUGUUCCCUCCCACCAGUGGCCUGACGCUGUCCUGCUGGUUCCUGGUGAGCAAGUUCGGCUUGGUGCACAGCAGCCACCCACUCCGCUUCCUUACCAUUGUCAGGCACAUGUCAAGAGCAGAGCAAGAAUUUGUUUGCUUUUCUGUAAGCUUCUUCCCGCAGGACCUUUCUUUGGUCAUUUCUACAGAAGAAGUAGAAUUCCAGCCACUUGAUAUUAUGGAACCUGAGACUGAGGUCCUAAAUCCCUCCCCAUUUCCAAGGCAAGUCAAGUUUGGCUGUGGUAAACUUCUGGUCACUGGCCAGUGGCAUCAUCUCACAGUGACAGUGGCUAAGGAAGCAAAGAAGAACUGCAUUGUGUCAGCUUAUAUAAAUGGCCAGAUGCUUGGCUCUGCAAAGAUGCAGUAUCUCCAGCCUUUACCAGGUAGCUGCAUUUCCAUGGAACCCUCUUCCUUUGUUGAUGUCUAUGGGUACAUAGCCACUCCUCGCAUUUGGAAACACAAGUCCUUCUUGACCUGGCGCCUUGGUCCUUCACACUUGUUUGAAGAAGCCAUUUCUGUGGAAACCAUGGAAGUUAUUAUUAAGCUUGGCCCUCAGUAUUGUAGCAACUUCCAAGCAGUACAGCUUCAAGGUGAGGACCAGUGCAGUGAUCAUAUCAUCGCACCUCUGGUGGCAGAAGAGAAGAUUUCUUUUGGAAUCAAUGCUGUCUGCUCAUCUCUCACUACAGUCCAAGAUAUAAAGAACUCUUACAAUGAAGUGGAUGGUCGGCUGAUUGCCAAAGAGAUUGGGAUUAAUUCUCGGGACAGUUCAACUCCAAUAUUCCUGGCUAAGAAUAUUGCUGGACACCUCUGCGGUUCCUUAAGGACCAUUGGGUCAGUUGCUGUGGGCCAAUAUGGGGUGAGAGUGUUCCAGUCCUCCCCAGCAGCCACCAGCCUGAACUUUAUUGGGGGCCCUGCCAUUCUCCUGGGUCUCAUUGCCAAGGCGCACGAUGACCACACCAUGUAUGCAGCUGUCAAAGUCCUCAACUCCAUCCUCAACAGCAGCCCCUUGAGUGCAAAACUGAUGAGGCACAUCCACGGAUACCAGUUGCUAAGCUACCUAUUGAAGAGGAAAACUCGGCUGCUAAACAACAGGAUUUUACAGUUAAUAUUCUCCCUAGUGGGCACAGCUGAGCUGGGCUUUGAGUCUUCUGUCAUCAAGAAUUAUAGUGCAUUCCAGUAUGUUCUCUGCAACUUUGAGCUUUGGAUGAAAGCACCAGAAAAUCUUGACCUUGUUCUUCUUUCCCAUCUUGUGGAGAUCUUGCAGUCCUCCAGAGAUGCAUGUCAGAAUAUUGCACUUGCCUACCAGGUGCAAAUGGUGCCCAAGCUUGUUUUCCUUUUCAAUGAUCCUGAAAUCAGCAGCUCCAAGAUCACUGUGGCCUGCACUAUCCUGUCCCAUCUCUUGCAAGGAUACUUUAAUACAAGGGAUGUUCUCAGGAUUGGAUUGUUCCUUGUUUACACCUUGAAACCUUCUUCUGUGGAUGAAAAUCAGAUUUACAUGGAUAGUGUGGCUGAGAGGCCCACUGAAGCCUUAAACCAAACAUCUGGAAGGACAAUCUGUCUUCGAAACCAGCUACUGAGGAUGCUUUUAGAUGUAAUACGCUCAGACAAACUUCAGCUGUCCUCUGAGGAAAAAGAAAAGACAUUUUUGGCGCUGGGGCCAGACUGGUUUCUGCUGUUCACACAGAGCUACCUGCACUUCAGCACAGUUGUCCUGGGAAUCAAACUGCUCCUGUGCUUCCUCCACAAUCGUUUGCUGCUGAACAAAUUCAAGGAGGGGAUAGUGGCUGGGCGUUGGCUGGAAAACAGCUCUGCAGGGUUGAACAUUCUAAUGGAUAAUUUAAAAAGUCAUCCUCCAGUGCCUGACAAUGGCAACUUCUUGAUUUUUGGAUUUUCUGUAUUGCAAAGAUGUCUCACUGAUCAUGUUCACAUUCCUGAGAUCUACUUGGUUGUGGCAGAGCUCUUUCUGGCAACUCCACCGUUUGACCCACCUGAAGCAGUCAAGAAAGAUCUUGAGUCUAUGUUGCAGUGGAUCUUGCAGCACCACCAUAGAGAGAAUGUCCUCAAAUCUGGGCUGUGUGCAGAGGCAGCUGUGUUACUGCUGGAAAUGGUUAGAUUCACUGUGGACAAGCCUAUUGCAGAUGCAGAGGCCUCCUGGGCAAUUGCCUAUCCGGGGAAUGUUAUCGAGUUUCUGUGCUUGAUCUAUCACAGUUAUACACAGGACCCUGUGUGGCACUGUCCUGACUUCUUGAAAGCUUUGGCUAUGAUUGCUUUUCAUUCAGGAUCACCCAAGGGUGGAUCUGAAGGCCUCCUGACCCCUGAUGGUCCAGCCAUUGCUGAAGGGAAAGGCUGUGCUGAUCCCUCCUCUCUCCCACUGCUACCACACCCUGCCAAGAAACAAGUGUGGGAUUUCGUGCGAGUCCUCCUGAUGGACAGUCUUCUCAACAUCCCAGCAAGCAAACAGGGACACCCCCUUGAGCUGCUUCUCGAGGCUUCUCCAGAAGAUGCCACCAGUGAGCAGAGGAGACUUUUUCAGACAAAAGUUCUACUGUCUGCUAUGGAUGUCUUUCAGGUUGCCAGCCAAGGCGAGGGGAAAAUGAGACCAAGAGCAAACACUGAUCCUCAUGGUUGUUCAGAAUCAGCUGCACCCCUAUCCAUGAUGAAUAUUGCUUAUUUUGUUCAGAAGCUGGUUGAGAAACUGAGCAGCAGAAUGUUUGUGGCUGACCCCAAGCAAAUCCUGAUCUUCAUUGCCAAACAGAUUAUGUGUGUUUUAGAAAGCUCUGUUUCUCAAAAGGAAGUUUUUCUCAGUGCCCUGUACAGCUGCUUAAACAGAGCCAUCCUAUACUGCUUAUCCAGACCUCAACAAUCACUGCCUGAACAGUUUAAUGUCCUGAAUACUCUCAUUGUCCUGCAAGAGCAGUGGGACAUUAUCUUUGCAACUUACAACUCAAAUAGUAAUUUUGUCAUCUGCCUCAUGUACUGCCUUUGCCAACUGAACUCGGGCAGCUGCUCAGAAGGUUUUGGGAUGGAUGCAAAACCAAAGCUGGCUUCUCAUCACCAAAUUUUCCUUGCACCUAGUGAAGAGGAAAAGGGCAGCCUGCCUACUCCAGAUGAUGUCCACCAGGAGAUUCUGAGGACAGUAGAAAUCAUCUGGAAGCAGCUCAUUUCUCAGAGGCGGCAGGCUCUGGAGGACAUUUACAAGAUGGAUCUCUCUGUAAAAGGAAAUGACAAAGAAAGGGACAUGAAGAUAACAGAGAUCACUCCUUUAUGGGAAGAAAUUAUGACAAAAGCUUGGCAACACUUGCUAGUAUCUGAAAAGAAGCUUCUCCAGAAUAAAGCAGGGCCAAGCCUGUCCCAGAGCAAGCACAAUUCCUGGAGUGAAAGCCUCUCUUCAGCAAUUAGGUUCAUACCUGGCCGAAACACAAAGGAAACAUGCAAAUCAGAGGGAUUUGUGUCAUGUAUGGAACGGUACCGAAGAGUCGGGCAGGAGCUCUAUGCUUCUUUGUACAAGGACCAUGUGCAGAUGCAGCAGUGUGCUUACAGCAAAGCAGCCAAGGACUGGAUGACACUCGAGGAACAGCUUUUCCUCAGAGGGGGCCCAUGGAGAGAUGCUUCACCAUCAUUCGAGCCACGAUGGAUGCUUGAUUGUUUUGAGGGGCCCUCAAGAAUGAGGAGGAGGAUUCAGCUCAUGAACACCCAAGUGGCAGCAAUGCAAAGGAAGAGUGAGAUUCUCCUAGGAAACAGAAGGGAAACAACUUUCCCAACUGAAGUGAAUCCAGGAGAGCUGAUGUUAAAUGGAGCAGAGACGGAGAUGGAUCAGAAAGGAUUGGAUUGUAACCAGCUAACAUUCUUCCCAGCUCUACAUGAAAGUUUCCAUUCAGAAGACUUCUUGGAACUGUGCGUGGAGAGACAAAUUAUCUUGCAGGAGUUUGCAGAGAAUGAAAAGGUGACAUUCAAGUGCUCCGUGGCAGUCGUGCAGGGUCAUACAGCACUGGAAGGGGUGCUGCUCUUUGGCCAAGAGCACUUUUACAUCUGUGAGUGCUUUGUGUUAUCCCUUCAGGAGGAAGUCUAUUGUACUCGUCACUGCUUGUCCAGAAUCAGUGAUCCAUUUAUUUUCAACUUAUGUCAUAAAGACCAUGCUGUGGGAGACCAGACGUGUUCCCGUUUUUCCUAUCAGGAUAUCAAAGAGAUCCAUCUGAUGCGCUUUCUCCUGCAGGAGAUCGCCUUGGAAAUAUUCUUCAAAAAUGGCUACUCCAGAUUUCUUGUCUUCCAUGACAGUGACCGAAAUAAGAUCUUUAAAAGAUUCUGUUCUUUCCAACCUGCUUUGAAGUCGAAGGGGAUAACAGAGGAAUCCCUAAAUAUAAGGAAACACUCAGGAGGGGAAAAGACAAUGCUCCAAAAGUGGCAGAAGAGGGAGAUCAGCAACUUUGAUUAUCUCAUGUACCUGAACACUCUGGCUGGCCGCAGCUACAAUGAUUACAUGCAGUAUCCUGUGUUUCCAUGGGUCCUUGCUGACUACCACUCUGAGACUCUAAACCUCACUGAUCCUCAUACAUUUCGAGACCUGACAAAGCCCAUGGGAGCACAAACUGUGGAGAGGAAACAAAAGUUUAUCCAGCGCUUCCAUGAAGUGGAAAAAAGUGAGGGAGACCUGUCAGCCCAGUGCCAUUACUGUACUCACUAUUCAUCAGCAAUUAUAGUGGCAUCUUACCUGGUGCGAAUGGAGCCAUUUACCCAGACCUUCUGUUCUCUUCAGGGUGGGAGUUUUGAUGUUGCAGACCGGAUGUUUCACAGUGUCAAGAACACGUGGGAAUCAGCAUCAAGGGACAACAUGAGUGAUGUCAGGGAGCUCACCCCUGAGUUCUUUUACUUGCCAGAGUUCCUGACAAAUGCAAAUCACUUUGAACUUGGCUGCAUGCAGGAUGGAACAGUGCUGGGAGAUGUGCAGCUUCCUCCUUGGGCAGAUGGGGACCCCCAUAAAUUCAUUUUUCUGCACAGACAGGCACUGGAAAGUGACUAUGUCAGUGCCCACCUUCAUCGCUGGAUCGAUCUGAUUUUUGGCCACAAGCAGCAUGGCUCAGCUGCAGUGGAGGCAGUUAACACCUAUCACCCUUACUUCUAUGGAGACAAGACAGACCUCAACAACAUUAAAGAUCCUCUGAUUAAGGGCACUAUCCUGGGGUUUAUCAGCAACUUUGGACAGAUACCAAAGCAGCUCUUCACGAAGCCACAUCCAUCUAGGAAUGCUCAAGGGAAAGGUCCAGCAGCAAGAGAGUCUGGGCUGUUCCUUCACUCAAGUGGAAUUCUUCCUCCUCUUGUGAGCAGUCUGCAAAAUCUGAAGCUCUCACCAGUUACCAUAAAAGACUAUCCCAAGGGAGCUAUUGGGCACAUUGUUCAUACAGAGAAAGGCAUUCUGGCUGUCGAAAAAAAUAAAAUUUUGAUUCCUCCUCUUUGGAGUAAAACAUUCUGCUGGGGAUUUGAGGACUUCACCUGCUGCUUUGGCACCUAUGGAUCUGAGAAGAAUGUGACUACAUUUGAGUGCAUGGCAGACUGGGGAAAGUGCCUCUGUGCAGUGUGUCCUUCAGCAACUACCAUCAUCACAUCUGGAACAAGCUCAGUUGUGUGUGUCUGGGAGUUCUCCCUGGUCAAGGACAAAGUGAAAUGUCUAAACCUGAGACAGGCUUUGUAUGGACACACUCAGGCAGUGACCUGCCUUGCUGCAUCUGUAGCCUACAGCAUCUUUGUGAGUGGCUCUGAUGACAGAACGUGCAUCAUCUGGGACCUGAACCAGCUGACGUUCAUAAACCAGCUUCCUGCCCACGAGGAGAGCCUCUGCUCUGUUGCCAUCAACAAUUCAACAGGUGACAUUGUGUCCUGUGCGGGAUCUCAGCUGUACCUGUGGACAGUCAAUGGGCAGCCCCUGGCAAGCACCAGCACUGCCCCCAGCCCCAGCUGCCACUGCCUGACCUGCUGCUGCUUUGCUGAAGUGAUGGACUGGGACACACGCAGCAUCAUCAUCACAGGAAGCACAGAUGGAGUGGUCAGGAUGUGGAAGAUGAAAUACAGCAACACCCCAGAGCAAGGUGCUGGGCUGAGAGCACAGAGCGGGGUAAUGGAAGAGCUGGACAGCACAGGUAACAGGUGUGGAAAACAUCUUGUUCUCUGUCGGGAGCUGAACCCCAGCGCUGCCCUGGCUGGCCGGGCGAGCAGGACGAGCGCGGCGGUGACGGCGCUGGCCGUGUCCAGAAAUUCCUCCAAGCUCCUAGUUGGUGAUGACUGGGGAAGACUCUACUGCUGGUCUGUGGAUGGGUAGGAAGAAACAGUCAAGAUUUCUUGGUUUUUCAACCUUUUGGAUGGAGAGAAAAUUUAUCCUUCAGAGCAUGAGAGAAGCAGAGAAACUGGAAGCCUCUGGUUGGGGACUGAAUGUUAAGGGAGUUGUUGGACUGACCCUGGAGUCAAGCAUAAUUUAAAUUAGACACUGGACCCCAAAGUUGUGAGAGAAACUGACACAUAUGCACAUAGACAAUGAGAUUUUUUGUAGUAUUUGUCUUGGGAAAACUUUUGUAUUUAAAAUGUUAUUUUAGAUACUGAAUUUGACAUAAUACAUUGUAUUUCACAAAUAUUAUUUAGAAAAUAAAACUGCCUUGAUUAUGCCAAAGAGCAGUGUAGCUUAAUAAUAACAUAUUGUAUUUUUAAUAUAAUGGGAUAAAAAAUACUUGUGCUUCAAACAGGUAAAUGAGUAUGUCCCAGUAUUUUUGUUCUUCACUGACAUGCAAGAAUAUUAAUAUCUCCAUUCUUACUCUUUCCUUCUCCCUGAAUUUGCAUUAAAAUAUAUGCAUGCCUUUUGAAAAGCUAUUUUGUUUGCAA